AUGGAGCACUCUUUUCACAAUGUUGGUCGGCAAGUACGGCUUGUUGGGUUUCAUGACGGAACCAUCGAACCCAGCAUCGAUGAACCUCACCGGUGGCAGGACUUCGCCGUUCGUUCGUGGAUCUACGGCUCAGUCAGCGAGGAGAUCGAGAUCAUCGUCGAACCCAAUCAGACGAAGCGCGAGACUUGGACUACGAUCGAGGAGCUCUUCCGUUACAAUAAGGAGAGUCGCACUGUCUUCCUCAAAGCGGAAUUCCGCAGCAUCGUCCAAGGGGACAUGACCAUCGCCGACUACUGCCGUAAAAUCAAGAAAAUCUCCGACGCUCUGUGUGAUGUUGGGCAGCCGGUGUUCGAUAAGACUCUCGUCCUCAACACUCUUCGCGGUUUAAACAAGCGGUUCUCCUCUACAGCCCAGCUGAUUCCCCUACUUUAUCCUUUUCCUAGUUUUUUAUGCACAAGGUCUAUCCUCGCCAUGAUGGAGAUAAAAGCGGCCCAUGAGACCGUUGUGGUGGCCGGUACGGCGCUGCUGUCCUUCACCGCCGGAGCCUUGUCCAACUCCCAGUCCGGCAUCAGUGGACGCUCCGACAAGCGCGGUAAGUCGUCAGGAGGGAGAAAGAAGUGGAAUAAAUCCUCCAACAAAUCACGUGACAACAGCCAUGUGAACGCCGGUGGCAACGGCGACGUCAACGCUCGUCCGGGCGCCCCUAGAGGAGGGCCGGCAUUCUUAGGCCUCGGCCCACUACGCCCCAGGCCUACACAGCAAGAGGUCUACCUGUGUUGCUUGCACCGCUUGCCACUCAACCUGCAUCGUCAACUUAGGACUCUAUCGGCCUUAUCGCAGCAAUGA